CAGCAGCUUCAUGCGCCCUUACGAGUGUGCAGCAGAGUAAUAAUAAUAUCACCGCACUAAAUAUGUGAGCACACCAUCUGCGGUUACGCACACGCAUUACGCAUUAUUACACGCGCUGCCGUACGCGCACUCGCUCUGUUCCACAGGUGCAGAAGAUGGACGCGAAGGACCAAAGCGCGCAGAUGGAGCCUCUGCUGCCCGCGGUGGUCACCUCUCCUGAAAGACAAAGUGUGAGGAAUGAUGAUGAGGCCAUCGUGGACAGAGGAGGAACUCGCUCCAUGCUUAAAGCUGGAUUUGAGAAGGAGGAGCUAGAAGGUCACAGGACUCUGUACAUUGGUGUUCAUGUUCCUCUGGGCAGAAGAACCCGCCGCCGCCAUCGGCAUCACGGACACCGACACAGAAAGCGGAGCAGAGAAAGAGACUCCGGAGUCGAGGAUGGACGAGAAUCACCUUCAUACAACACUCCGUCUCAGAGGGUUCAGUUUCUGCUGGGCACUGAGGAUGAUGACGAAGAGCACAUCCCGCAUGACCUCUUCACUGAGCUGGAUGAGAUCUGUCUGCGUGAAGGAGAGGAUGCAGAGUGGAGAGAAACCGCCAGGUGGCUGAAGUUUGAAGAGGACGUGGAGGAUGGAGGCGAGCGCUGGAGUAAACCAUAUGUGGCCACUCUCUCUCUGCACAGUCUGUUUGAGCUGCGGAGCUGCAUUAUCAAUGGUACUGUCAUGCUGGACAUGAGAGCCGGAUCACUGGAGGAGAUCGCAGAUAUGAUACUGGACCAACAGGAGGUGGCUGGUCAUCUUGAAGAUGAUGUCAGGAAGAAGGUGAAAGAGGCUCUUCUGAAGCAGCACCAUCAUCAGAACCAGAAGAAACUGGCCAAUCGGAUCCCCAUCGUCCGCUCCUUCGCUGAUAUUGGCAAGAAGCAGUCAGAGUCCAACUGCUUGGACAAAAAUGGUCAGACCAUUUCACCUCAGACUCAGCCAAUGAACAUUGAGGUCAAGAAUGACGUGAGCCGUGAAAACAGUACUGUGGAUUUCAGCAAGAUAGACCUGCACUUCAUGAAGAAGAUUCCUCCAGGAGCAGAGGCCUCUAAUGUCCUGGUGGGAGAGCUGGAGUUUCUGGACCGGCCUGUGGUGGCAUUUGUCCGUCUCUCUCCUGCUGUGCUGCUCAAUGGACUGGCAGAGGUGCCCAUUACCACCAGGUUUCUUUUCAUCCUGCUCGGCCCUCUGGGAAAAGGAGCUCAGUAUCACGAGAUAGGCAGAUCCAUCGCAACCUUGAUGACGGAUGAGGUUUUCCAUGACGUGGCCUAUAAAGCUAAGACCCGCGGCAAUGAUCUGAUUGCUGGGAUUGAUGAGUUUCUUGACCAGGUUACAGUUCUGCCUCCAGGAGAAUGGGAUCCUUCCAUCAGGAUAGAGCCGCCAAAAAACGUCCCCUCUCAGGAGAAGAGAAAGAUCCCUGCGGUGCCUAAUGGAGAGCUGGCAGAGACAGAGGACCAUGGUGGACACGGAGGCCCUGAGCUGCAGCGCACCGGGAGGUUAUUUGGUGGAUUAAUUCUGGAUGUGAAGCGGAAGGCUCCACACUUCCUGUCAGAUUUCGGAGAUGCGCUAAGCCUGCAGUGUCUGGCCUCUUUCCUGUUCCUGUACUGUGCCUGCAUGUCUCCUGUGAUCACCUUCGGAGGACUGCUGGGAGAAGCUACAGAGGGACGCAUAAGUGCGAUUGAGUCUCUGUUUGGAGCCUCGAUGACUGGAAUCGCGUAUUCUCUGUUUGCUGGUCAGCCUCUCACUAUUCUGGGCAGCACUGGACCUGUUCUGGUGUUUGAGAAGAUAUUGUUCAAAUUCUGCAAGGAAUACGGUCUGUCAUACCUGUCACUCAGGGUGUGUAUCGGGCUGUGGACGGCGUUUCUCUGUCUGCUUCUGGUGGCCACCGAUGCCAGUUCACUGGUCUGUUACAUCACACGCUUCACGGAGGAAGCCUUCGCCUCGCUCAUCUGCAUCAUCUUCAUCUACGAGGCCAUCGAGAAACUCAUUCACCUCGGAGAAACAUAUCAGUUUAACAAGAACAACAAUCUGGACAAACUCACCACGUACAGAUGUUCCUGUAUUGAACCCGAAAACCCCAGUAAUGCCACUCUGCAAUAUUGGGAGCAGAACAACAUUUCCGCACCGGAAAUAUUUUGGGAGGCUCUGGAAGUUGAGGACUGUAUUGAGAAGAAAGGUGUAUUUGUGGGGUCUGCUUGCGGGCCACAUGGUCCGUAUGUUCCCGAUGUUCUCUUCUGGUCUAUCGUUCUCUUCUUCUCCACGGUGGCCAUGUCUGCUUUUCUCAAAGAGUUCAAGACCAGCCGCUAUUUCCCCACCAAGGUCAGGUCCAUCAUCAGUGAUUUUGCGGUGUUCAUCACUAUUGUCACUAUGGUUCUGGUGGAUUACGCUCUCGGGGUGCCUUCUCCCAAACUGCAGGUCCCCAAUGAAUUUAAGCCAACUCGUGAUGAUCGUGGGUGGCUGAUUAGCCCGAUAGGUCCAAACCCGUGGUGGACGUGUGUGAUCACAGUCAUUCCUGCUCUUCUGUGCACCAUCCUCAUCUUCAUGGACCAGCAGAUCACAGCCGUCAUCAUCAACCGGAAGGAGCACAAGCUGAAGAAGGGCUGUGGGUAUCAUCUGGACCUGUUUAUGGUGGGUGUGAUGCUGGGCGUCUGCUCUGUGAUGGGCCUGCCGUGGUUCGUGGCGGCGACCGUUCUGUCCAUCUCUCAUGUCAACAGUCUGAAGCUGGAGUCCGAGUGCUCUGCGCCUGGAGAACAGCCCAAAUUCCUGGGUAUCAGAGAGCAGCGGGUCACCGGACUCAUGAUCUUUCUUCUCAUGGGCUGCUCCGUAUUCAUGACUUCUGUGCUGAAGUUCAUUCCAAUGCCGGUUCUGUAUGGAGUUUUCCUGUACAUGGGUGCGUCUUCACUGAGAGGAAUACAGUUUUUCGAUCGUUUGAGAUUGUUCGGCAUGCCGGCUAAACACCAGCCAGACUUCAUUUACCUGAGACACGUUCCCCUGCGAAAGGUUCACCUGUUCACCAUCGUCCAGCUCAGCUGUCUGGUCCUCCUGUGGGUCAUCAAAACCUCCAGAGCCGCCAUCGUCUUUCCCAUGAUGGUGCUGGCGCUGGUGUUUAUUAGGAAGCUGCUGGAUUUCAUCUUCACCAAGCGAGAGCUCAGCUGGCUGGAUGACCUGAUGCCUGAGAGCAAAAAGAAGAAGCUGGAGGACGCCGAGCGAGAGGAGGAGCAAAGUAUUUUGGCAGAGGAAGAAGGAAUCGUUCAAGUGCCAUUGGAGGGACAUUACAAAGAUGAUCCUUCUACUGUCAACAUUACUGAUGAGAUGUCCAAAGGCUCCUUUGGAAGUACUUGGAAUACCAUCAACUCCAAAAAUGAUCCAAACACCAAAAGCCCGGUUCCCUGAGCUGAAAGCUGCUGAUCCCCAAUGCAGAACACACGAGGAGGGUUGAUGGAAAGAAGAGGAGACAUGAGGAUCUAGCAUUUUCUGAUUCACUGUGUUUACACACACACACACACACACACACACACACACACACACACACACACACACACACACACACACAGUACCUAGCUUUAUAGAAUUCUAUUGUUUUCAUGGGAACAGUCCACAAAAAAAUAAAAAGGAAAGAGACACUUUUAUUUUUGAGCUGAACUGGUCCUACAGCUAUAAAUAGUGCAUAUUAUAAUCGCUUCAAACUAACAUGUCCACAAAUCCCUAAUGUUAAUUCUAAAGCUAAAAACCUUUCAUAUUUGUGUUAGUUUUAUGACCAACUUUUUCAACAAUUUUUGUCCUUUAAGUAUGUCUAGUUUACAAGUAAUCGCGCACAUAUAAACACUAAUAACCAACCCAGGCUCAUUCUGAUUAUGUACCCCUAUAUACAUUUCUGGAGAGCAUGAAAUACAGGAGCUACGUUUUUUUUGCAGUCACUGUUUUCGCGAAUCCACCAGAGACUGCUGUGUACGCUUUUUUAGAUCUCAAGUUUCUCUCGCGAGUCCUAUUUGCACCUGCUGUUCUUGCAUAAUCCACCAGAGGUCACUGUCGACUGACCCAUCCUCCCUCCUCACUAAACCCAAACAAUAGUGUUUUAAAAAGUCCUGAUUGACCCGAUCACCCACUUCCCUAAACCCAACUGCAGUGUUUUCAAAAGCAAUCCAGAAAAAGAAAAUCCCUCGCCUGAUUUUUACCACGUUUUCAAAUUUUACCACAUUCUCACCCUGUUAUUUACUUUUUCAUUUUAUUUUAUUUUUUAGCUUUUGUUUUUGUAUUACCUGCUUUCUGGAAGCGUUCUUCGCCAGACUCAAACACUGUUAUCCUGGUCAACUCCUCUCUGCGUCUUAAGUACACCGACUUCCAUGUUAAGCUACUGGACAAAUUGGUAACCGCAGAAAAGCCGUCCAUACGGAGGUAAGCGCUCAGCUGGUAAGCACGAAAAUAAAUGGUGUCGUACCAUCACGUAGCAUUCAAUUUAGAGAUGAAAUGCAGCCAUAUGUACUUCUGGCUACAUAAUUUGCACUCUCCGGAAAUGUAUAUAGGGCUAUGUUUUAUAAUGAGCCUAUAUUGCGUUCAACACCUCAGCUCCUAGUCUCGUCUUGUGUUUCAAUAUUUUUAAAGUAGAUCACAUUGCUAAGCUUGUAGCUUCUAGAUGUAAAGCCUGUAUAUAAAUAAUAGUAAAACCAGCAAAUAACGCAGACAUUGAUUGUUGUGUAAAGAUGAGGAGAAAACGUGGAGAAAUCUGAACUCAUUUUAAACUUUUCUUUUUAAAUGCUCUCUGAAGUGUUUUAUAUGUUUUGUAUUUUUUCAAAAAAAGUGUUUCCGCUCAACUUAUAGUUCACUAGGUAGGUACAUUUUUAAACUAAUGACAAUAUCUACACUACCUGACAAAAGUCUUGUCGCCUAUCCAAGUUUUAGGAACAACAAUUAAUAACUUGACUUCUAGUUGAUCAUCAGAAGUGGCUUAUAUGAAAGGCAAAGGCCUCUAGAUUACGCUUAUUUUACCAAAAUAAAAUAUGAUCAUGCCUUGAUUCUUAAUGAUUUAAUUAGGACAGUAAGGUCUGACUUUGCUUAGACAAAAGUCUUGUCACUGAACAGAAAUAAUGUCCAGUAUAGAAUAUAAAGUCAUGCUGCAGUGGAAUGAAUGAAUGAAUAUUGCGUCUGACUCCAUCAUGAGCUUGGAGGACUGCAUCCAUACAUCUCUGCAAUGACUCAAAUCACUGAUUAAUAAAGUCAUCUGGAAUGGCAAAGAAAGCGUUCCUGCAGGACUCCCAGAGUUCAUCAAGAUUCUCUGGAUUCAUCUUCAACGCCGCCUCCAUCUUUCCCCAGACAUGCUCAUUAAUGUUAAUGUCUGGUGACUGGGCUGGCCAAUCCUGGAGCACCUUGACCUUCUUUGCUUUCAGGAACUUUGAAGCGGAGGCUGAAGUAUGAGAAGUAGGAAUUUGCCCUCUCCUGUGGUUUGUAAUGUAAUGGGCAGCACAAAUGUCUUGAUGCCUCAGGCUGUUUAUGUUGCCAUCCACUCUGCAGAUCUCUUGCACACCCCCAUACUGAGUGUAACCCCAAACCAUCAUUUUUCCUUCACCAAACUUGACUGAUUACUGUGUGAAUCUUGGGUCCAUGUGGGUUCCGAUAGGUCUUCUGCAGUAUUUGUGAUGAUUAGGAUGCAGUUCAACACAUGAUUCAUCAGAAAAAUCGACCUUCUGCCACUUUUCCAAAUGAUCAACUAGAAGUCAAGUUAUUA